UUACAUGUUGAUAUAACCAACCCAAAUAAAACUUUUAAUAAUGAUUAUAAGAAUUCUCCUCCAUCAUCUAACAGUAAGCCUAAUACACCUACAACUGAUACGUUUUCACUUAUUAAAACGCAUACCCUUUCGAAUGCUCCUUCUUCACCAAUUGAUCGUAAUUUAUCAAUUGUACAUGCCACAACUGUUGAUGUUACUCCUAUCGUUGCCAAUUCCAAAGUUGAUGAUACUCAUAAAAAGAUGAGCUUGGUGAGACAAAGCGUGCACAAAUUGUUUCAUCAUGAACCAAAAGGAAAUGGAGAACAACAGCAAACAAAAUUUCCGCUCCCUAUUGCCUCACCCAUAGAAGAAAAAGGAGAGUUCAUUUUUAUUAAUAACACGUCUGAUAAAUUAUCCAUGUUGAAAGAAAUUCUUAACCCUACCCUUGAUCUUGAUAGUUGUAUUGGUAAAGGUGCAACAGCAGUUGUACGUCUCGCUCACAAAUUCGAUAAAUCAGAUUCUGAAAGAACGUAUGCCGUCAAGGAAUUUAGAAAAAGAAAGAAGAAUGAAACGGAAAAGGAGUAUGUUAAAAAACUCACGAGUGAAUUUUGUAUAAGUUCAACUUUACAACAUAUUAAUGUGGUACGUACGGUUGAUUUAAUACAAGACGAGAAUCAUAAUUGGUGUGAAGUAAUGGAAUAUUGUGUUGGUGGUGAUUUAUACACCGCUAUAAAAUCUGGUCAUAUGACCCCGUUGGAAAUAAAUUGUUGUUUCAAACAACUUAUCAUGGGCGUAGAUUAUUUACAUGAAAUGGGUGUCGCUCAUAGAGAUAUCAAACCGGAAAAUCUUUUACUUGACGCAAAAGGUCAUUUAAAAAUCACCGAUUUUGGUGUUUCUGAUGUAUUUAGAACUUGUUGGGAAGAGGCUGCUCAUAUGUCAAAAGGUUUAUGUGGCUCUGAACCGUACAUCUCUCCGGAGCAAUUUGAAACAAAAGAAUAUGAUGCGAGGUUGGUCGAUGUAUGGGCAUGUGGUAUAGUAUAUUAUGUGAUGAUAUACCAAGGUAUCCCAUUUAGAAUGGCAACGCCAACAGAUCCAAAUUAUGCAAAUUAUUUAGAGAAAAGAAAUUCUGGACAAUAUGAACCAUUUGAAAAAUUACCUUUUGGUUGUAGAGAAUUGAUGUAUAAAAUAUUAGAACCUAAUGCAACGAAGCGUAUUAAUAUUAGCAAAAUUAAACAGGAUCCAUGGUUUAAAUCUAUAGAAUCGUGUUCUGAUACUUCUACCAAAAAAUUAAAUCAAUCACAUCAUCAUAUCCCUCCAGAGAUAUUAAAAGAAAUUAAAAGUGGAAACGCAGAUAGAGUAGAUGGUGAGAAUAAUAGUAAAAAGUAA